AAGAACUGCCUUAUAGGGGAGUUAAGCGCACGGCGACGACGCCUCGGUUGAUCUUCGUCUCGUCUUGUCUCGCCUGGCCUCGCCUUGGAUCGGAUCGGAUCGUCCAUCGCACUUCGCCCCGCCUUGCGUCGCAUCUUCUCGCGUACAUGAACGCUUGUGCCGACGUCCCGCGACCCCGAUCCUUCUCAGAACGCGCGCUAGAGACUGCAUCGGGUUUUUAGCGCGAUCUUGAAAACGGAAAAUGUUUCUUUUUUCGUCGAACGUUGCCCGUACUCGCCCAUCGACGUAGCUCUCCAAAGCUGUUUCUCGCGAGUCGCGCUGAAAAUCACCGACGAAGGGUGAAGUAUGUAACACGCGCUAUCUCGUCGGAACUAACCGAUGAAUAUUUAUCGGCGUCCAACUAAUCGUUUGAAUUAAUUAUCAUAUUUACUUGGUUCGACAAUUUUUAUCGUGAAGAAUGUGUCACGAUUAACGGUUAGCUGAGUUACACGGAAAUCGGGAAAAGAGGGAAUGAUCGAUGGGGGAUGUCGUUUGGAUAUCGAACGAAUACGAAGCGCGAAGAACGAGAGAAGCCGCAACUGCAAGAAUGAAAAUGGACGAAUAGAAGGAAUAUUGAUAAGGAGAAAAAGCGAACCGAUAACGACUGGAAGAAAAAUGACGGAUGAUAGUUUGAGACGCAACCCUGUCCAUCUAGCGCUGCACGGCGUGGAUUGGCGAUGGAAAAAAGCGGAAGAUUGAAAAUCAUGGUCGAUCGAACGGUAGAACGUGAAACGAGUAAUAGGUUCUGUAAACGUCGAGGAUGACGAUUCGAUUAACGAUGUGGGAUCGCAGUCGAUAUAUCCUCGCAAAUAGUCAUCGCGACUUGCCGAGCGUGGAACGCAACGAGGAAAGGGUCACAUCGCAGAUCGUUCUCGAGAUAUCACUGUUCCCGGAGCUGCCCUAGUCGAAGAAAGAGAAAAGGUAUGAACGAAAGGAAGAAAAAGGGCGAAGCAUGUACGUAUAAGACUACGGGAGAAGACGAACAGGAGAAAGAAGAGAAGGGUAAGAGCGAAGGAGGAAGAGGAUGAGAAGGAUGAGGUGGCGCGAUAGCGGCAAAGAUGAGGAGGGUGGGAGAUGGAAAACGCGGCCCGGCUACGAAAUGGCCGUGCCCCAAAGAGGCCAACGAUCGAGAAUGACCACCCGACGUCUCCCUAAAUAAUGAUAAUCCCAGCACCCUGGUUUCUAGCGUUCCUUCUCGUGCGAAACUUACGAGAGCCUAUAAACCUAACGAAAAGGCGUGAACUCGGAUCACGAGAGAUUCUUAAUUCUGAAGGGACGAUCAAAGACUACUUUGAAAGAAAAGCGUAUCUCAUCGUGAGAGGCUGGGACCUCCAGGAUGCCAGGGGUGUGGAGGUUGCUACGUAUGCUGAUCUAUAUGGUGGUUGGCUUGAAGAGCGUUGGUAGCAAUAGCGACAUUUGGCCGCUAGAAAGGCCAGAGGGAAUGCCAGCCAUACAAUCUCUCGAAGUGAUGUGUGGAAAGGAUCACAUGGAUGUACAUCUCUCGUUCUCACAACCCUUCGAGGGCAUCGUCUCGUCCAAAGGCCAACACGCCGAUCCGCGAUGCGUCUACGUUCCACCGUCCACUGGCCAGACUUUCUUCUCCUUUCGGAUAGCCUACGCGAGAUGCGGUACCAAGCCGGAUAUGCAUGGACAGUUCUAUGAGAACACUGUGGUCGUUCAGUAUGACAAAGAUUUGCUCGAAGUCUGGGACGAGGCCAAACGACUGCGAUGCGAAUGGUUCAACGAUUACGAAAAGACUGCUUCGAAACCGCCAAUGGUUAUAGCAGAUCUCGACGUAAUACAGUUAGACUUCAGAGGCGACAACGUGGAUUGUUGGAUGGAAAUUCAACAUGGCAAGGGACCAUGGGCACCUCCGGUUUCCGGAAUAGUACCGCUCGGCUCUACUCUCACCCUAGUCGUCGCUAUAAACGAUUAUCGAGGAGAAUUCGACAUGCGCGUCAAGUCGUGCGUGGCCUCGGACGGCGGUGGACACACGAUACAGCUGAGCGACGAGUUCGGAUGCGUGCUGAGGCCGAAGAUGAUCAGCCGAUUCUUGAAAGCACGGGGUUCCGACGAUCGGGCGACGGUCAUCACUUACGCCUUCUUCCACGCGUUCAAGUUCCCGGACGCGUUGAGCGUGCACAUCAAGUGCAAGGUUGAGAUCUGUCGUCACGGCUGUUUGGAUCACUGUCAGCUCAGUGGAUCCGUUGGCCACUACAUUCAAGAGCGCAAGGAUCAGAUACGACCGCAAUACCCGCAAACCACGGUACCGCCCACCGUUCACAACGACGAGGACAACAGUGCCGACAAGAGUAACGAAAACGUAGGUGGUGGAACCGAGCAAGGUGAUGGCUCCCUUUACGACGACAUUAUUCAAGAUGGUGAUGAGAUGACCUCGAUAGGAGGUCAUUUCUUGGGGGUCGAGAAAUCAGUUCCGAAAGCACAGGCGCAGACAAGCAACCGGCUACCGGCACCGGUAGUCGAGACACCAAACGAGGAAAUUCAUUUGGAUGACGCUGAUCUUUCAAGACCAUUCGUAGAUCCUCCACGGAUGACACGAUACGAGAGUGAUCAAGACCAAUUCCCGCACGGGCCUCGGAAUCUCGAAGGUGACAGCAGCGCGAUACCCGUGAUACCUCUCUCGUCUGCGAAUGGCAGACGAAAGAGAUCGGUCGUGGUAUCCGAUAGGAAAAUCCGCAGCGCCGAUGUCGGCGUCAGUGGUUUGUACGAGGUGAUCUCCGAAGCCGAUCUAGCCUUUAGCCCGGACACACACGCAGAAGCAGUAACGGUGUUUCAAGGUAGAAUACGCGAGGAAGUAGUUUAUGGUAUCUGCCUGCCGAUGCCCGGUUUCAGCGCGCUGUUUAUCGUCGUGGCGCUUUCUGCAGUCAUUUCCGCGCUUGUCGCCGGCGCGAUGCUGCAUCGGUUGCAAGCGCAACGCGAGGCAGUCGACAGCAGAAAGAACAAUAGAGCGGUUCACUCGACGAACGGUUGGCUACCUUACGGAUUGCUGCGCGUACGCUGCACGACGAGACCAACUCAUCUGGAACAAAUUCAACAAAAACAAACGAAUCCAGUCGCCACCAGUCCUUCGGUCGAGAGAGGUUGACGAUUCGUGACAUUUGUGUCGCUAGUGGGACGCGGCCGUGUACGCUCCACGAAAGACAAUGUACAAUAAUACGCUGUACAAAGUAUUUUAAGUGCGUCAAAUCACGUGCGACAGGUUCUUUUUGCGAAUGAUUUCGAGACGAUCGUAUUUCCUUCGAGGGAGGAUUCUGCGACGGAAAUUUUUUCAUAGAUUUCCAUGAGAACGAUAUUCUCCUUUUUCUUUUCACACGAACUCGUAAACGAAAGCAUUGCUAGAUGAUCAUUGUCGAGAGGCAAUUAUUGGUAUUGGGUAAGUAAAGAGCAUAAUCACGCAGGAUAAUAUUUGAUCUAGAACGAAUGUAUACAAUUCGCAAGGGAGAUUUCCAUCAAGAGGACAAUGUGACAGCUAUUCGCUGUGAAUAUUGUAGAAAUGAUAUUUCUGGAAUGAUAUUGGUGGAAAUGUUUUGUUUUCUUUAUUCGAUGUUUCAUUAAUCAAAGGGUCAAAGACGAUAGGGAAAAUGCUUUCGCCGCGUAUUUUUUUCUAUAGGUAAUUCGUUAACGAAAAGAUGCGCAUUAGUAUUUUCUAUGAGUCUGUAGAGUACGAACUAAUGCAAUUAAAAUGAUUUAUUGUUCUAUCGUAAGUCGUAAUAUGCCUUGUAGCAUUGCGCGUCUGUUAUCUAUUUAAUGAUGAAUUCACUAGAGGUGCUGAUAACGAUAUUUGUUAAUUAUAAUAGAAAUCGAACGGUGUUCGAUAUAAUAAAAAUUAGUAUGCUACGACAGUGUAGGAAUGACUAUUGAAUAUAUACAAUUUUGUAAACUAUACGUAGUCUUUAUAUUUUUAUUUAAAAUAUUUCUUUUAGAAAUUGACAUUUUGAUAUUUAUUAUUGACAAAUAAUAAUAAAUAUUGUACAUAAAAGGAAAAUAUUUUCUACAAAAAUUUAAUGUUAAUCUGCCUUUGAAUAAUUUAUAUACAUUCAUAUACUACGAUUAACGAUGAUGUUAUAUAAAAUUUAUAUACAUAUAUUUUUUCAGAAAGAGAUUAUUUUCUAUUUGUAUCUUUAUAUAAAAUAACAUUUGAAUUACAUUUGUAUAAAAUGUAGAAUUAAAAUGUUUUAUAUUAGUAUUUGGCAAAUAAGAAUUCUACUUGUUAGAUAUAUGUAUUCUCUUCCUUCUCAUGGUCCUAUUUUUAUACACGAACCUUUGCUCAUUAUCGAUGAUGUAGGUAUGUCAGAGUUUUCGAUACCUCGUAUCAUUUGAUUUAAUUACACUGCACUUAUUAAAUAUUAAAGCAAUAGAUAUUGAAAUAAUCGUAACAUCAGAGAAAAUGUGAAUAUGCGAUUCCGGCCGUUCUCGAUACGAUGCAUCGAUAUCAUUAGGAGAAAGUUAUUACGUUACCUUACACAUAAUAUAAAAUCAAUAUAGAAUACACCGAAUCACAUAAACUAAUGAAAUCUAAUAAUUAUCUGGUUUUUUCGAAUAAUCGUUAGUUUCGUACAUUGCACGGAAGACGUGAUUGCAUAUUGAAUGAAAUGCGUUGGAUUAUCAAAACUCUUGGGAAACUUGAAAAUGACAGCACCUCUAGAGUUAGCCCUAAAGAGGCUGAGAAUAACAGCUAACUGAGAAUAGAAACGAUAUCGUAAAUAUUCUCAGGAAAAUUGAAAGAUGCUACUACUAAGCUUAAAUUUUCAUCUGUUUUUAAAUAUUUAUAUUAUUACGUUAGAUUAAUACGAAAAAUCGACAUAGUUUAAUGGAUGCCUCGAUAUGUUUAACCUUUCGUUGACAUUUUUAAUAAAGCACAUAUUAGACGUUGAAAGAAUCGAUUUAAUUUUAGAUUGAGAAAUAUAUAUAUAUAAUAUAUAUAUAUAUAUAUAUAUUUUCGAUCCUUCUUUUGUUAGUGUCAACUGAAGGUUGAAAAUUCCAUGAAAAUCGAUUGCCUUCUCAGGUUUUUUAAAUAGGUGACUACAUAGUAGGCGAGAUUAUUUAAAAAUCUUUGAAACGCAACGCGCAUUUAGAAUGUCCAGGAAGACAUUUAAUACCAUGAACAAGAUUUUGUUACUGAACUUGAAAUACCAAGUAUAUAUACGUAAUUAUAUAUAUAUAAAUAAGAAGCGUAUAUUUGGAAGGUUCUAUCGUAAAAAGGGCUUUCCGCUUUAAAAGUAGUUGUGCAAGUACGAAAGCAGAAGGGGAAAGCUUUCCGUAUAGGAAAGCAAGAUUUCCUCGUAAUCCCUUCUAUACGUCCUUUUACGUAUUACAUUUUCACUUCUGUCUUUGUAAUAAAAAAUGAAAAUACUUGUUUUUUUUCCUCUUCCUCUAAGAACAGAUUAAUUAAUGAUGCGGUGUUUGGAUAAUUACAUUUUAUAUACUUAUUCGUCCAAACGUUUUGCAAAUCGCCAGAGUAAUUGUGUUACGCUAGAUUAUUUUAAGUACAUGUAUACACGUGUAAAAAAAAAAGAAAGAACAUUCUCGUAUUCUUGGAGAAUACAAAAAUUGUUAAAGGAAGUAUCAACAACCACUAAUUAUGUGUGCAACUAUGUGCGAUGCUGGACAACUACCACAAUACUUCGAGCGAAAGGAACAAAGAAUUAAGUCGAUUGUUAAUCGAUAGGUUGUGUUUUUAUUUAAUAUAAAUCAAUGAUAAUGCCAAUAAAUGUAUUUACAGGA